GUUCAAAAAUACAAUCCAAGUCGUUGUAUUCAGCCAGGGAAUCAAUAUUUAAAAAUGACUCUGCAUAAAACGGUCCCAUGUCUCACUCGUUCUUAUCAGGAUGCCAUACAUGAGCUUAAUAAGUCUAUUAAACUUGUAACCUAUUCAACGCCGCCGAAUCCAAGGCUUUUGAGAGAACAAAGAAAUGGAUUGACUUCUGUUUAUUGCUCCGCUGUUGGAAUCGACGAUCAUCAACUACGUGACUUACAUAUCGUGCAUGUUACAGGGUCUAAAGGCAAAGGUUCAGUUUGUUCAAUGAUUGAAAAUGUUUUGCGAAAAUCCGGAUUCCGUACUGGUUUUUUAAGCUCUCCUCAUCUUGUAAAUAUUGAGGAACGAAUACGUAUUAAUGGACGACCAAUAUCUUCUGAUCGGUUUGCUAGUGUAUUUUGGAAUGUUCAUGAUACACUUCUUGAGUUUACAAAAACUUCAAUUAGUGUACCUAUGCCAUCGUUUCUUCAUUACAUUUUUGUAAUGGCUUGUAAAGCGUUUAUUGACGAGAAAGUUGAUGUCGGGAUAUUUGAAGUUGGUAUCGGAGGACGCUACGAUCAUACAAAUAUUUUCAAAAAUCCUUACGUAACUGUUAUCACAAGCUUGGCAUUGGAACAUACAAAUAUUCUGGGCAAUACUUUGGCUGAAAUAGCUUGGGAUAAAGCUGGAAUUUUUAAGACUGGUUCCAUAGCAGUAGUCAGUCAUGGACAACCAGAUGAAGCUAUGCAAAAGAUUAUUGAAGAAGCGGAAUCCGUUCGAUGUCCGUUGUAUGUUGCACCUCCAUUGGAUUCACUAUCGACUACAGAGAAUAUGAUUGAACCAGUUAAAAAAAUUUUUGAAAAAAUAACCACCUUACCUAGUAGUCAAUUAUUAAAUUUAGCUUUAAGUUUAACUGUAGUCAAUCAUUGGUUGGCUAAAUUACAUGGAAAAACUAACAACGAUAAUAUUGAAAAUAUUGGUUUGCAACCGACAUUCGAAUGGAAACCGAGUCCAGAUUUUUUGCUUAAUGCUUUAAGUGCUCGUUGGCCUGGUCGAUGGCAAAUUGUCAUUCGAAAAAACAUAACUUAUUUUCUAGAUGGUGCACAUACUGUUGAAAGUUUACAAUCUGCAAUAAAAUGGUUUCAGAAUGAAAGUUUCACUCAAUAUAACAACAGGUGUCCUAUACGAAUUGUUAUUUUCACUGUAAUCGGACCACGAGAUCCUAAGCCAUUUUUACAAUGUUUACAAUCUUCUUCAUCUGCGUUCGAUUUGAUUGUUUUCGCCAAUCCUCACGAUGGUCAAUUCGAAAUUCUUCCCAGUAAAGAGUCACAUGAUGAAUUAUGCCUUAAUAUUUGGCGCCAACUUGAAUCGGAAUCCAACGAGGGAAACAAUGCUUCAUCACAUUCUGUUGCUUCAAAUCAUGUUGAAUCUUUAUCUGCCUUUAUAAAAUGGUUACAAAACUUACAAUGUUUUUCUCUGCAAGCUUUGAAACAGUUUCCUUGUGAAUACACUAGUAAUGAAGAAGGGGUUGACCAUACAACCUGUUGUCAUGUUUUUGUCACUGGCAGUUUGUAUAUGGUCGGUCGAAUAAUGAAGGAAAUAAAUGAACCUGUUUAAAUUUCGAUUCUGUUGAUCCUCCGUCUGUAAAAUAAUGAUUGAGGGAAUUAUGCAACAUCAUUUGAUGAAGUAAAGAUCUUUUGUGUCGGUUACUACUUGGAUGGUUUCAAAACACGCUAUCUGUAAACUUUAAAUGGGUUUACGUUGAAUACUGUCAAAAUACAAGCCUCCGGUUUCAAAUAAUCAACCUAUAACGCCUCAUCUACACGGUUGAAGCAAACAUAUGCAUCCGAAAGGGGUAUAUUCAGCUUCUCUCUUUACUUUAAUCCGUAGCCGGACCACACAAUAGUAUAGCCUUUUGUGAUGGACUCUUAAUUGUAAUCUUGGCCCUGUCUUAUUCCCUAUCAUCCAUUCAUCUUACUUAAUUUAUACGAUCUUCUUAUCAUUGUAGUUUCUCGUAUGAUUCUCUUAUCACCUUA